CACCACACACGUGACGUGUGUUCUCAGAAGAAGUAGUGAGAGAGGAAGAGGAAGAGGAAGAGGAAGAAGAAAAUGGCAAUCACCCUGAACAGCGGUUUCAAGAUGCCGAUCAUUGGGCUCGGAGUGUGGCGGAUUCAAGGGCAAGAAAUCAAGGACCUCGUUCUCAAUUCCAUCAAACUCGGUUAUCGCCAUUUUGAUUGUGCUGCUGAUUACAAGAACGAACCAGAAGUUGGAGAAGCGCUUAAAGAAGCUUUUGACAGUGGCCUUGUGAAAAGGGAGGAUCUUUUCAUCACCACCAAGCUUUGGAAUUCUGAUCAUGGGCAUGUUCUUGAGGCCUGCAAAGACAGUCUGAAGAAGCUUCAGCUAGAUUAUCUGGAUUUAUAUCUUGUUCAUUUUCCUGUAGCCACUAGGCAUACUGGGGUUGGUACUACUGAUAGUGUGAAGGGUGAGGAUGGAGUCCUGGACAUAGACACCACCAUAUCCUUGGAAACUACCUGGCAUGCGAUGGAAGGUCUUGUUUCGUCGGGCUUGGUUCGCAGCAUAGGGAUCAGCAACUAUGAUAUCUUUUUGACCAGAGAUUGCUUAGCAUAUUCCAAGAUAAAGCCGGCUGUAAAUCAGAUUGAAACUCAUCCAUAUUUCCAGCGUGACAACCUUGUCAAAUUUUGUCAGAAGCAUGGGGUUAGUGUCACAGCCCACACUCCACUGGGAGGUGCUGCAGCAAACACGGAAUGGUUUGGUUCAGUUUCAUGUUUGGAUGACCAAGUUCUCAAAGGUCUUUCUGCAAAAUACAAAAAGACCACUGCGCAGAUUGCUCUUCGCUGGGGCAUUCAAAGGAACACUGUGGUCAUUCCUAAAACAUCAAAACUGGAGAGAUUGAAAGAGAAUUUCGAUGUAUUUGAUUUUGAGUUGUCUAAAGAGGACAUGGAGCUCAUAGGAAGCAUAGACAAGAAAUAUCGGACUAAUACCCCAGGCAUAUUUUGGGGCAUAGAUCUCUAUGCAUAAGAAUGUCCAUCCUUUCUAAGCGUGCAUCAGGAUCCUCCAAAUAAGUGCAAACACCAUGGCCUCUCAAACCUUGAAACUUGGGUUGAGUUUCAGAUUUGGCAUAGGCUAUUCUUUCAGGCCAUCCUUAGUAGCUCAUGUGACUUGAUAUUGUGAACCAUAGCUCAUGUGACAGAAUAAUUUGCUGCUUAAAGUGUUUAUCCACUUGUUUACUCCUUUCC